AUGGACGCCAGCGAUAUGGGACGCCUCGGCGCCCUCUGCCUCCUUCGCAGCGGUGCGCAAGACUCCGUCGUCACCGCCUACCCUAUCGACGACGAAGAAAUCACCAUCGGCCGCGACCAGUCCUGCUCCCUCCGCCUUUACUACCCCGCCGUCUCCUCCCUCCACGCCAAGAUCACCUUCAUCGACCGCAAGGCCUUCCUCGUCGUCCUCGGCACGAACGGCGUCCUCCUCGACGACGAGCCGCUCUUCCCCGCCGCAGCCACCGCCCCGGGCCCGACGACCGUCCCGCUCCCGAACCACGCCGUGCUCGAGGUCCACCGGAAGCGCUUCCGCUUCCUCUACCCCCCGAAGCACCUCCGCCCCGCGCGCGUCGACACCCCCACGCGCGGCGGCGCCCCGCUCCCCGCCACGCCCGCGGGCCCGCGCCGCGCCCUCCGCCUCUCGAUGAUCGCGAGCGCGCACGUGUUCACCCCGCGCCCGAGCCACGACCCGCUGGAGAACCUGCGGGUGCUGCAGUCGCCGCUGCGCACGCCGUUCGCGCGCGGGGCGGCGGAGGACAUCGUCCUCGUCCACAGCGACACCCCGCGCGUCGUCGAGGAGGACCGGGACCUCGUGAUCCUCGACGAGGUCGAGGAAGAGGAGGAGGAGCGGUCGAGUCUUCCGCUGCCGCUGCCACCCGUGGUGCUGCAGCACCCGCCCGCGACGCCGGUGCGCCGGCCGCGGCCGUCGCUGCACCGCGCGGUGCUCGUGCGCUCGGCGCAGCGCGUGGCGUACCAGCGCGAGGCGCAGAUGCAGGAGGAGAUGGAGGCGGAGGAGGUCGAGGACGUUAUUGCGGCGAUUGCGGAGGAGGGCGACGAUGAGAUCCAAGAGCUCGAUGGGCCCAAUGGCCAGCCGCAGCCGAGCAGCUGGCGGAAGAGUUUGGAUAUGGUCAGGGAUGGCUGGGACGUGGAAGAGGACAUGGAGAUGGAUGAAGACGAAGAAUUUAACGAGCAAGACGAGCAUGGGGACGACUACGCUGACGAGGAAAUCCCAAGGAACUCCCAACAUCCCCGCCUCUCCCUUGGCCCGGGCGCCGCCGCCGACUCCGGACCACGCCGGGUUCGCGUCAUCACCCCAUGGAAGGUCAACGAGAUACAAAUACCUGUCACUGUCAAAGAAGAGGACAACGAGAGCAAGUCGAGCACGGCUUCGUCCUCCCUCCAUGUGCCCAAGUCUCCCACAAAGGAGAAAGUUACCGACGAGGAACGCGAGGCUAUCCGUGCCCGCAGACGCUCCGCGCUUGCUACCCCAGACCACUUUUUCAAGGGCCAAACGCCCGGCUCGCGCCGCACGCUCUUCCCCUCUCUCGCCCCGCUCCCCUCGCCCAACUUCGCAGCGGCGGCUGACUCCGCCCCAGGCUCGCACGCACCAAGUGCCGCCUCGGACGAGUCCCCCGCACCCACAGCACCCAAACCGUCCUCGUCGACCAAAGACGAAGAGAAAGAGGACACCGCCGUGCUCCUCGCGCGCAUGAAGCAGAUGGUCGAGGGCGUGAAGCAGCGCCAGAGCCUCGGCAGGCAGAGCCUGAGCCUGAGCCCGCGCAAGCGCGACGGCGGCUUCUCUCUCCUCGCGCCGAACCACGCCGGCACCCACCGCCCGUCGCGGAUCCUCAUCGAGGAGGAGGACGCCGAGGCCGAGGCCGACGACGCAGAGGAAGAGCAGGAGGACAGCAGCGGGCCCGAGCACCCCGCACAUGGGCGACCUGCGGCACGUCUUCGCCCGCCCUGCGGCGACGGCGGGUACACCUGCGAUGACGGGCAUCCCGCGCCCCACCCGCGCCAAGGCUGCAGAGCCCGCCCGAUCGAGCCCAAGACGGACGAGGAGGAGGAGGCCACCGCCGCCCCCACGCGCGGACGGCGCACCCGCCAAGCGACAGACUCCUCGGCCGCCUCCCAGUCCGAGGACAUCGUCGAGCCGCCGUCCAAGCCCGCGCGGAAGACCCGUGCGAAGACCCCUACCACCACCACCGCGCCCGCCAGGCGCGGAACGCGCGCGAAGCCGAUCGAAGUCGAGGCCGCGGUGCACGACGGCUCGGACGAGGACCCGCUGGACUCGCUCCCGGCGGCGAAGACGGUGAAGCGCGGGACGCGGAGCAAGGUCAAGCAGGAGCCGGAGGAAGAGGGGGUCCCGAGCAGCCAGAGCCAAGGCGAAGGCUCUGCAGCCGCUGCCCGCGGGGCACGAGCCAAGCGCGGGACCGCGGCUGCGGCGUCGAAGCUCCCGCGUGGGCCUACACGCGGAAGGGCGGCGGCAACGGCGCCAGCGGUGGAGGCUGAAGUCCCUGAGGACAAGGAGAACACCCCGGAGUCGAACGACGAUGCGGAGGAACCUCCCAAGGGUGCUGCGAAAGCUAAGGCGGGGAAGACGACGCGGGCGACGAAGGCUGCGGGCAAGGCGAGUGCUGAUGCUGCCGCAGGGUCGGGCAUCCCGAUGCCGGCGACGCGGGCGAGGGCGACGCGGGCGAGGGCGACGAAGAGUUGA